AUGGAUGUUGUCUGGUCUUGGCCGCCAGUGACGAGAACCCUCGUCAUAGGCUCCUUCAUCACCUCUAUUGGUGUCUACAGCGGCGUCCUUCCCGGCUACCCUCUGCUCUUCCUCCCGUAUAAGGUCUUCACCGUUCCGCCGCAGAUCUGGAGGCUGGUCACGGCUUUCUUCAUAACUAGGCCACGGACCGGCAUUAUAUUUGACCCAUACUUCUUGUACCAGUAUGGUACACAGCUGGAGGUCUCCUCGUCGCGCUUCUCUGAACCCGGCGCCUUCCUCACGUACAUUGCCUUCAAUGGCCUUGUGAUUGCGGCUCUGGCUGGCUGUGGGCUCGGUUCCGCCAUCUUCCUCCCCGCCCUCCUCAUGUCUGUCACGUACACCUACGCCCAGGACAACAGCAAUAAGAUGGUCACGUUCUUCAUCUUCAAUAUUCAGGCCAAAUUCUUGCCCUAUCUGCUAUUGGUAUGGACCUUCGUUGCGGAUGGGCCCCAAGAAGCCAUGCUCCAGCUCACCGGCCUUCUCGCCGCCCAUCUCUACGAUUUUUUGACUCGUAUCUGGCCGACUUUUGGUGGCGGCAGCAACCCCGUCAAGACUCCGAGAUUUGUCAGGGAGUACUUCGAGGGAGGGGGUGUGCGCGCCACUCCUCAACAGCGUGGCUUUGGUACGGCCUUCGCUCCGGCGGGAGAAGCGCGCACUACUGGCUCAGCUGGCUCAGCUUGGACAUCGACCCGCGGUCCGGGCCGUCGUCUCGGUGGAGAAUGA